GCCUUCAAUAAAUACCAAACAAACCCAGCCAACCUACACCUCUCUCUCUCUCUCCAUCCAUUACAAUUUCAUACCCAGCGAGCAAGCAAGCACACAGAUCAGUGAUAUUUCUAGAGAGAGAAAAAGAUUUUUGAUUUCUAGAGAGAGAAAGGAGUGAAGAAGAAUGGGGAGUAACCCUAAGGGAAGAACGGUGAUGGAGGUCGGAGCUGAUGGAGUCGCCGUCAUCACCAUCAUCAACCCUCCCGUCAAUUCCCUCUCCCUUGAUGUAUUACAGAGCCUGAAAGAUAGUUUUGAUCAAGCCUUACGAAGAGAUGAUGUGAAGGCAAUUGUUGUUACUGGUGCAAAGGGCAAAUUUUCUGGUGGUUUUGAUAUAACUGCUUUUGGUGGAUUCCAAGGGCGAAAGAUUCCAGCACCAAAACCCGGUUUUGUAUCAGUAGAGAUUCUUACUGACACUGUCGAAGCUGCAAGAAAACCUUCAGUUGCUGCUAUUGAUGGCCUCGCCUUGGGUGGAGGAUUAGAGGUUGCAAUGGCUUGCCAUGCACGAAUAUCUACUUCGAGUGCUCAACUAGGCUUGCCUGAACUUCAGCUUGGGAUAAUUCCAGGAUUUGGAGGUACACAGCGGCUUCCACGCCUUGUUGGCCUAUCUAAGGCCCUUGAAAUGAUGUUGAUGUCAAAGCCAGUUAAAGGGGAGGAAGCCCUCAGUUUGGGUCUAGUGGAUGCCAUUGUCUCACCUGAUGAGUUAGUAAACACUGCUCGUCAGUGGGCCCUAGAUAUUUUGGAGCGCAAGAGACCAUGGGUUGCCAGCCUGAACAGGACCGAUAAGAUAGAGCCUCUUGGUGAGGCAAGAGAAAUACUCAAGUUUGCUAGAGCUCAGGCCCGAAAACAAGCUCCCAACCUCGAGCAUCCAAUAGUUUGCAUUGAUGUUGUUGAAGAGGGUAUAGUUUCUGGUCCUCGUGCUGGGCUUUGGAAGGAAGCUGAAGCUUUCCAGGGACUUCUGCAGUCAGAUACUUGCAAGAGCUUGGUCCACGUCUUCUUUGCUCAACGUGGAACCACAAAGGUUCCUGGGAUAACUGAUCGGGGUCUGGUACCAAGACGAAUAAAUAAGGUUGCUAUUCUCGGUGGAGGAUUGAUGGGCUCUGGAAUAGCAACAGCUUUGAUUCUUAGUAAUUAUCCGGUGAUCCUGAAAGAAGUGAAUGAUAAGUUCCUACAGGCUGGUAUAGGUCGAGUCAGAGCCAAUUUGCAAAGCCGCGUCAAGAAAGGGAAAAUGACUGAAGAGAAGUUUGAAAAAACCCUCUCUCUUCUCAAGGGUGUCCUUGACUAUGAAAGCUUUAGAGAUGUAGACAUGGUCAUAGAGGCUGUUAUUGAAAAUAUCUCGUUAAAGCAACAAAUUUUUGCUGAUCUUGAAAAGUAUUGCCCUCCGCACUGCAUACUUGCAAGUAACACUUCCACAAUUGACUUGAACUUGAUUGGGGAGAAGACAAAGUCCCAUGAUCGGAUUAUUGGGGCCCAUUUCUUCAGUCCAGCUCAUGUCAUGCCACUUUUGGAAAUUGUGCGUACAGAGAAGACAUCUCCACAAGCAAUUGUUGAUUUACUGGAUGUUGGGAAAAAGAUAAAGAAAACCCCGGUUGUAGUUGGAAACUGCACUGGAUUUGCCGUUAACAGGAUGUUCUUCCCUUACACACAAGCUGCCAUUUUGCUUGUCGAACGUGGUGUAGAUCUCUAUCAGAUUGAUAGGGCAGUCACCAAAUUUGGAAUGCCUAUGGGUCCAUUCAGAUUGUGUGAUCUGGUUGGCUUUGGUGUUGCAAUCGCAACUGGUAUGCAGUUUGUUGAAAAUUUUCCAGAGAGAACCUACAAAUCAAUGCUAAUCAUGCUCCUGCAGGAAGAGAAGAGAGCAGGUGAAAGUUCUCGCAAAGGGUUCUAUAUUUACAAUGACAAACGCAAGGCACGCCCAGAUCCUGAAAUAAAGAAAUUUAUUCAGAAGGCAAGGGAGAUUUCUGGUGUGAAUGUAGACCCUAAGCUGAUGAAGUUAUCUGACAAAGACAUUGUGGAGAUGAUAUUCUUCCCCGUGGUGAAUGAGGCCUGCCGAGUCUUUGCUGAAGGUAUUGCAGUCAAAGCAGCAGACAUUGACAUUGCUGCUGUCAUGGGCAUGGGGUUCCCACCUUACAGGGGAGGGAUCAUGUUCUGGGCAGACUCUCUUGGAUCAAAAUACGUUUGUUCGAGAUUGGAAGAAUGGUCAAACAUGUAUGGAGGAUUCUUCAAGCCUUGUGCGUUCUUGACUGAAAGAGCUGCCAAGGGGGCUCCUCUGAGUUCUCCUGUGAAGCAAGCAAAAUCUCGCCUAUAAAACAAUUUUCUGGUUGCGUCGUCGCCAAAUUUAGUUGUUCUUGUCUCUCUCUUGCUUGCUUUUCUUUCCCUUUAUUGAUGCUGGAGAAAUAAUGUAUGAGAUGUAUUUGGAACGGGAACAUGAUUGACACUUGAGAACUUAAAAGCAAUAAUGUGCUUGGUUUAAGUUU